CUUAUUCUUUUUUUAACUUUAAUACUUUAUAUUUCAAAUAGAAGGAAAAUCAUCUCUUGUAUUGCUAUUAAAACAAUGUCUUUUAUUAAGCUUCAGUUUGAUCUACUUACUACUAUUAUUAUUAUUACUACUACAGAUUACGAUAUAUAAAGACGAUUAAUAUACAUUCGGGUUCGCGUUUUUUUUUAUUAUAUCAGCAUAAUUUUGUUCGCAAAAAUUUCUACAUCGUUCUCCUCCGUGAUAGAAGGAUAAAAGAAAAAAAAAGCCAAGAGAGAAAUUUUGCCUUAGCUAGGUUUGCGUUUGAAAAAAAGAUUUCCCGUAACGUUAAAUUAAAUCUAAACCGAUUGACGUGAUAUAUAAAUCGAUGAACUGCGGUCUCUCGCACGGAAUUCGUUCUGCUGAGAUUUAGGUAAUAUGGAAAAUGAAAGCGAGAGCGACGAAGCGAAGAGACACAAACUUCGUUUGAAAGUCUCGGUCUAUCACAAUGGUUGGUGCUGUGAUUGCCUGCCCUCUCAGAGUAGAGACCCCCAGGCAAAAACGUGGAUUAACUCUGGAUCUGUGUGUAUUUCCUCUGUAUAGGUGCUUCGCGAGGUUUUGCAUUCGUCGAGUUUAACGCGACUCAGGAGGCCGCACGGUGGAUGGAGAUGAAACAGGGAGUGCUGAUGCUGCAGGAUCAAUAUCGUGCAUUGAUGCAAUACAGUAUACCGAAAGAGUGCCAUGUGGAUAAACCGCCAGCUAAGAAUACGCAGGAUUGGCACUGCGUUAAGUGUGGAGCACACAAUUUUAAACGGCGCGAGACUUGCUUCAAGUGUUCCGCCUCGCGAGCGGAAAGCGAGGAAGGUGGAGAAGGCAGCGACGAGAUUAGCCCGCAUCCCACUAACAUCGUGCUUCUACGGGGAUUAGACGUAUUAACGACCGAGGAUUCGGUUCUGCAAGCGAUGAAGAAUCUGUCGUCGUUGCCGAUACGCAGUAUUCGUAUCGGUCGCGAUUCACUUACGAAUACGUCUCGGGGAGUUUGCUAUCUGGAGAUGGGCAACGUAGUGGACGCGAUGUACUUGCAUACCGCACUUACGAAGCAAGCACUGGUGGUCGACGGUAGAAAGGUGGAGAUAACUUAUUGUAAGCUUCAUCAGAUUAACAACGCGAACGCGUGGAAGUCGAACGACGCCCAACCGCAGAGGUACACUCUGGACGACGUCGCCCAAUUGGCUGAAUACAGUGCCAACUUGUAUGCCAAAACGCCCGCGCAAAAGGCCCACUACCUUCAGUAUUAUACGCAGUACUAUCAGAAUCAGAUAAUGCAAGGCUCGGCGAUCACGUUGCCGUCUCUUAAUCAGACAGAUAGAGUGAACGCGGCCGCGGCGGUGGCACAGUCCGCUAUACAACAAUUGCAGGCGUCCAGGAAGUUAGGAGGCGAUACCGACGAUGUGAAAGGACGACCAACUCCUACAGCACCGUCUAGUACAACGCUAGCAAGUGGAAGAGUUCCUGCACACUCCAGCGAUGGAAAAGUAUACUCUGUACCGGACGUCAGCACUUAUCAUUACGACGAAUCAUCUGGUUACUAUUACGAUCCUAGCACGGGAUUAUAUUAUGAUCCGAAUUCGCAAUAUUAUUACAACAGUCAUACGCAACAGUUUCUUUAUUGGGACGCCGAGUCAUUCUCUUAUCAACCAGCUAAGACAACUGCGAGUACAACGCAGGGUGCUGCAAGUACAGUAACAGCGACGGCAAGCGGUACAGAUUCCGUGAACACGAUCAGCAAUCAGGCCACGACUUCAUCAGCUGCUAAUCUGACUCAAGAGGCGUCGAAAGAGGACGAGAAUAAAAAGAAAGACACCAAGCAAGAUAAAGUGAAAGUAGCGAAGAAGAUAGCGAAAGAUAUGGAACGUUGGGCUAAAACAUUGAAUCAGAAAAAGGAAAACGCGAAGAAUAAUUGGAACUCGGAAUUUGCCGGUGCGGACGGCAAUCAGGGCAUCGGUGGCAGCGGUGCGGCGGACGCGGGAUACGCCAUUCUAGAAAAGAAAACUAUUGCGACUCCUUAUCACGAGGACGAGGAUCAGAGUGGUAAUGGAUUGGUAGCCGCUUACGGUGGCGGUAGCGACACGGAGGAAGAGAUAGAAGAUGUGCAACAGGAAGAGAAACAGCACACCGAUUGGAGUAAACUGGCAUGUCUACUUUGCAAACGGCAGUUCCCGAGUAAGGAGGCGUUAGUCCGACAUCAACAGCUGUCCGAUCUCCACAAGCAGAAUCUAGAAAAUUGGUAUCAAGUACGCGGUCUAGAUCCUAAUGAUCCGCAGCAAAGGAACAACAAAUACAGAGACCGCGCUAAGGAAAGACGUGCCAAAUAUGGCGAACCCGAACCACCGCAACCCAAUAAAUUAAAAGAAAAAUAUUUAAAAACCAGAGUAGAGGAGAUGUCGGUGUCUUACGAGGAGCCUACACGAGCCGGUAUCGGAUCAGACAAUGUCGGCAAUAAAUUGUUGCAAAAAAUGGGUUG